AUGGUUAACGACGUAACGGUUUGCAAUUUCGAAGAAUUCUUCGAGAAAUAUCUGCCCAACCCUGGCGUCCAACUCGACGCGGUCGUUGACGAACUAAAGAAACAAAAGAUGCUGGUUUCGAGAGGGGGAUCCUUGCACCAGAAGUCAUAUUCUUCAAAGAAAGGAUCUCUGCUCUCGCACACCUUCAAGUCGUUCAAAUCUCUGUUCAGAUCCCGGACCACCAACCCAACGCGCGUCAUGAAGGCGAUACAAACCAUCGGUAACGCUGUUCGUAGCGCACUUGGGAAGGCUACAGACUGUGAAGCCAGCGACUUCAGUGUGAGAGCGGAGAAAAGUACUGGACUCUCUGCUUAUGGCUCUAUCACUUCGAAACUGGAGGGCCCACUGCGACCUACAGACGUCAUGGUACCCAUUAUGGUCAACCCUGACAACAAUGUCAAUGAACCAGAUUUGAACCAGGAGAACGCUGCCUUUCUGUCCUGCGCUGCUGAAGUUAUGCAUGGGGACGCACGGCGCAUCUUUUGUUUUGGGAUUACUCUUGAAGGUCCGGAGGUCACGAUGUGGCGGUUCUCCAGGACCCUAACCAUGAAAACGACUCCAUUCGAUAUGACAGAGCGCCCGGAUCUCCUCAUCCAAAUGUUUACGUCGCUCUUGUCCUCGAGUGCGUGCGAUUUAGGUCACGAUCCUCUCGUAACACUGCUCCCCGAUGCCAACUACAUCUACGAAAUUCCCUCCGAUGGUGGCACUGGGCCUCUCUACUACAGGACGAUCACGUCUAUCUGUGAUGCACGACCCUCCGGCGUCUCUGGUCGCCGCUUGCGUGUCUGGGAAGUUGAGCAGGUGGAAUCAAUUUCGAACCCUGUUCGCGUUCCAGGAACAGCGACUAGGGCACUGAAAGACGUUUUCCUCGAUUCCGGCGUACGUACCGAGGCAGAUAUUCAGCAGGAUCUCUUCGACGACAUCGAAAAGCUUGCACAGGAUGCAGCCUGGCGUUCUCGACCGCUCCUGAAGGACUUUCCCCAGCGUGAUAUCAACGAUCUCGCAUACGCGCUGGAAGGCGGAAAGUUCCGACAAUACUUCUCUUGCAUCGUCGCGAAGCACGUCAGGGAAGCCAAUCCACUCGACAAUGUUGAGGAAGAAGACGAAACCGGGGUGGCUGCGCCAGAGGAUUACCAGAUCAACAGCAUAGGGGAGUCGGAGGUGGUCCCGCCAGUCCCCCGGCGUGUCAGGCGUCGAUGUCUGUUCGUAUACGAGCACGUCUGCACACCCCUCAACGAUAUUCCCGCCCUUGGAGAAGCCAUCGACGUACUGAAGCUCGUCCUUAGGCCGCUCCGCUUGAUGUUCCUCGCAGGCUGGGUCCACCGCGACAUCAGUCCAGGCAAUAUACUUGCGUAUCGAGAAGUCCCGGGGUCGCCUUGGACGGUCAAGCUCUCCGAUCUCGAGCACGCGAAGCGGUUCCCCGACUCUGAGUCGAGUGGCGCGGAUCGCAUCGUUGUAAGUCGACCCUCAAAACCUUUCCCGGUCUCACAGCUGACGCUACCUGACAGGGAACACCCUAUUUCAUUGCCCAUGAAAUCAACGCAGGGUCACGCAUUUUCCCCCGAAGUCUCCCCUCGGGAUGCUCCAUGCUGGUUACAGGAUCCUGGCCCCGUCGUUCACAAUUACCAACACGACUUGGAGUCGAUCUGGUGGAUCCUCCUUUGGCUGGUCGCUAUGCGUAUCAACCAGAAGCUACCACGAAAAUUCGCUGCAACCUACUUCAAACAAAAGGUCGGAUACCAUCGCGGCAGCCUGAUUACCAAUAACCUGGCCUAUGACAUCGAGUUGCACAAAUCACUUCCCCCGGUGCUUCAACGUUCUGCAUUCUUCAUAGCCCUGGACCAUCUUCGACACUACUUGUAUAUCGCGUACACGACCCGAAGCACUAACCUCAACCACGACGACGUCUCCUCGUUUUCAUCUAUUGUCAGCGAGGGAAUGAAUGGUUUCUUUGACGCGAUUAAGGCGAGUAGGGAACAAUGGGCCGACAUUGAUCUCAUUGUCGACUCAAAACCCCGCAAGGCGGAAGCACCACCCGCGUCUACAUCACCACCUUCGACUCUCGAACAGCGUCACGACGACUCGUCGACCAAUAAGCGCCAGGCUGAGGAUUCUGGCGAAGGGGGAAGAGCGAGAAAGAGGGCCCGACCCAGCGCUGUGCGCUACACUGCCAUCGCUCCUCGCAGAACUGGACCAACGACGAGGGCGAUGGCGAAGAAUGAGGUGCGAGUUACGAGAUCCAUGACGCGUCGUCUUCAGGAAGAAGAGAAGCAGAAAAAAGGCGAUUGA